UGGUUCGAUCACAAGACCAUUCGUCAUAUUCGACGCUUUCGACAGUCUGGACAAGAACCCACUCACGCCCACGGCAGUCAGGCCCGAACCAGCGUUCUGAGUGAAGCCCUCAUGGCGGGCAAAUCCGAAAUCUUCACGAGCAGCGCUGCCUCCGACCGGCUCCCACUCGAUGACCCGCAUGCCGAACUUGGCGAUGAAUGGGCCGCGCUAGAGCGACGAGUCCGCUGGAAAGUCGAUCUGCGCCUCUGCUCUAUCGCCGGCCUGCUAUGCAGCCUCAACCUGCUAGACUCGGGCAUCCUGUCUUCCGCCGCAGUAACCAGCAUGCUGACCGAUCUGGGCCUGGACCAGGGCUCGCGGUAUUCCGUGUCGAUCUUCAUCUUCACCAUCGCCAGCGUCGUCUUCCAGCUGCCCUCCACCCUCGCGGUGCGUUUCGUCGGCCCGCGGCUCUGGUUCGCAUCCAUCACCUUCCUCUUCGGUCUGCUGACUCUCUGCACCGCCUUCAUUCACACAUGGCGCCAGAUGAUUGCCCUGCGCGUGCUGCUCGGCAUGGCCAUGUCCGGCAUCUACCCGGGCCUGACCUAUCUCAUUAGCGCCUGGUACCCGCGGCGUGAGCAGCAGCUCCGAUUCGCCUUUCUGCAGUCUGGCGAGGUGACUGUCCUGGCCACGGGGAACCUGGUCAAUUUCGGUCUCAACCAUCUGAGCGGGAAGGCGGGGUUGGCAGGCUGGCGCUGGAUGUACCUCGUCCAGGGCCUCAUUACGUGCAUUCUAGGUAUCGCCACGUACUGGUGGAUGGUGGACUUCCCGGAGAAUGCACACAAAAGCUUUUGGUUUCUGUCGAAUCGGGAGGCUCGUGUCGCGGCACAGAGAAUCCAGGAUGAUCGGGCUGAUCUGGUGCCGGAGCCGUUCUCAUGGGUCAGAGUGCUCAGCAACUUCAAGGAUCUGAAAAUCUACGGGUUUGCAUGCAUGUUCUUUCUGCUGAACCUCGUGUCGACGGCGCUGUCGUAUUUCUUGCCGAUCAUCCUGCAGGGUGGGAUGGGAUUUGAUGCAAACGAAUCGAUUCUGCUGUCAACUCCCCCAUACUACUACGCCGUCAUUCCAGUGCUGCUCACCUCGCUGAUCGGUGACCACUACGGCACCCGGGGCCCAUUGAUCAUCUUCAACGCGCUCUGCAUCAUCGCCGGAUUCCUCAUGUUCGGACUUCCUGCGUCGACACAGGUGACGGUGCGAUACGUCGGCACGUUCCUGGCAACCGGAGCGUACAUCUCGAACUGGGCUGCGCUCAACGCUUUCCAGGCGAACAAUGUCGUUGGCCAGUGGAAGCGCGCCGUUACGUCCGCAGCUGUGACUGCGUGCAACGGCCUGGGGGGCGUGGCGGGCAGCUAUAUUGUCCGCCGGCAAGAGGCCCCGCUGUACCAGACGGCGGUCUGGGUGUCGGUUGGGUCUCACGCCCUGCUGAUCGUUAUUGUCGGCGUGUUCACGCUUUAUUUCUAUACCGCCAACAAAAAGCAGAGGCACGGCGAGAAAGUCAUUGAGCGCGUGGCUGGAUUCCGAUAUACCUAUUAA